ACUGAUGCUAACAGUCUCCGGUACUUUAGACUCCCGGUACCGAAGCUGAAAUUGCCUCCGGUUCAGUUCGAGUUUCUGCUUCAAAGCUUCAUUCGGUGUUUUUAUAAAAACCGACACAUUUUUAUUUCAAACUUCGUUGCUGGAGCGGAAAACAGACGGUGAGGCGUCAUCUGGCCUCCAGUUUUUUCUUCUGUGGUUCCAUCAUGGAGCUGGCGUAUGUGUGUGAGUGGGAGAAGCGUCCAAAGAGCACCCACUGUCCGUCCAUCCCGCUGGUCUGCUCCUGGUCCUGCAGGAACCUGGUGGCCUUCAGCACUGACCUGAAGAACGACGAUGAUGACAAGGAUGUGAGUCACAUGAUCCACAUCAUCGACACCGAGCAUCCCUGGGAUGUUUACUCCAUCAACUCUGGACACACUGAGGUCAUUUCCUGUCUGGAGUGGGACCAAUCAGGCUCGAGGCUGCUGUCUGCAGAUGGCGACGGUCAGAUUAAAUGCUGGUCGAUGUCGGACCACCUGGUAAACAGCUGGGAGAGCGUCCUGUCCAGCUCUCUGGACGGAGACCCCAUCGUGGCGCUGAGCUGGCUGCACAACGGAGUCAAACUGGCACUGCACGUCGAAAUGUCUGGUUCUACCAACUUUGGGGAGAAGUUCUCCCGGGUGAAGUUCUCUCCGUCUCUGACCCUGUUUGGCGGGAAGCCGAUGGAGGGCUGGCUGGCGGUGACAGUGAGCGGUUUGGUCACCGUGUCGCUGCUGAAGCCGGGCGGCGCUUUGUUGACGGCCAGCGAGAGUCUGUGUCGGCUAAGAGGACGAGUGGCGUUAGCUGACAUCGCCUUCACUGGAGGAGGGAACAUCGUGGUGGCGGCAACAGAUGGCAGCAGCUCCUCCCCCGUCCAGUUCUACAAGGUAGUGGUGAGUGUGGUGAACGAGAAGUGCCGCAUUGACACUGAACUGCUGCCGUCGUUGUUCCUGCGCUGCACCACUGACCCACUGAGGAGGGAAAAAUACCCGGCAGUCACUCACCUCAAGUUCCUCACCAGGGAGAACUCUGAGCAGGUUCUGCUGUGUGCGUCCAAUCAGAGCGGCAGCAUCGUGGAGUGCUGGUCUCUGAGGAAGGAGGGGCUCCCUGUCAACAACAUUUUCCAGCACCGAUCACCAGUUGUUGGGGAGAAGCAGCCGACAAUCCUGAAAUGGCGAAUCCUGACGACCACCAAUGAUCUGGAGCGAGUGUCAGCCGUCGCUCUGCCCAAACUGCCCAUCUCCAUCUCCAACACUGACCUGAAGGUGGCGUCGGACACCAAGUUCUGCCCUGGGCUCGGUCUGGCCCUGGCGUUUCAUGACGGCAGCAUCCAGAUCCUCCACCGUCUGUCCCUCCACACCAUGGGAGUGUUCUACGGUUCCUCGUCCUCCGCCCAGCGGCCUGGAGACGAGUCCACCAUCAAACGCCAGAGAACCGCAGGCCCCGCCCUCCACUUCAAGGCCCUGCAGUUCUCCUGGACCUCAUUGGCUCUGGCUGGAGUUGACAACCACGGCAAGCUCCACAUGCUGCGGGUGUCACCCUCUAUGGGGCAGGUGCUGGAGAUGAACACGACACUGCGCCACCUGCUGUUCCUGCUGGAGUACUGCAUGGUGACGGGCUACGACUGGUGGGACGUGCUGCUGCAUGUGCAGCCCAGCAUGGUGCACAACCUGGUGGAGAAGCUGCACGAGGAGUACAUGAGGCAGAACCAGGCGCUGCAGCAGGUUCUGGCGACUCGCAUCGUGGCGGUGAAGGCGUCUCUUUGUAAACUCUCCACGGCGACAGCAGCCCGAGCAUGUGACUUCCACGCCAAACUACUGCUGAUCGCCAUCAGUGCCACCUUAAAGUCUCUGCUGAGGCCACACGUCCUCAACACACCUGACAAGAGUCCAGGUGAUCGGCUGACCGAGAUCUGUGCCAAGAACACCGACACAGAUAUCGAUAAGGUGAUGAUCAACCUGAAGACAGAGGAGUUUGUGUUGGACGGUCCCCCCCUGCAGUCCCUGCAGCAGCUCAUCCAGUGGGUCGGAGACUUUGUCCUUUACCUGCUGGCCAACCUGCCCAACCAGGGCUCCAUGGUCCGGCCCGGGUUCGGCUUCAUGAGGGACGGGGCGUCUCUGGGGAUGCUGAGGGAGAUGCUGGUGAUGAUCCGGAUCUGGGGUCUGCUGAAGCCCGGCUGCCUGCCCACCUUCACGGCCACGUCAGACAGCCAGGACAACAUGCAGCUGCUGUUCAAACUGCUCACCAAGCUGUGGCUCUGCUCGCGGGAUGAUGGACCCCCCCAGGACCCCGACGAGAGUCUGAUUGAUGAGUGCUGCCUGCUGCCCAGUCAGCUGCUGGUUCCCAGUAUGGACUGGCUCCCAGUAAACGACGGCGUCAUCGUGAAGCUGCAGGGAAAGCACCCGCUCAGGCUACAGUUUGGAAAGGCGUCAUCGCUGCCCGGAGCCGGAACCACUGCCCCGCUGGAGGUCUUCACCAGGAGUCCUGGUUCCCAGAAGAUGGACAACCUGCGCUGUGUUCACAUGGGAGUUUGUCCCACUGAGGAGAGUAAAGCCUGCACCAGGUGUGGCUGCGUGACAAUGCUUCGUUCUCCCAACAAGACCAACGCUAUGAAGCAGUGGGAGCAGCGCUGGAUCAAGAACUGUCUGUGUGGAGGCCUGUGGAGGCGGAUCCCCCCUACACUCACCUGAGUGCACAACAGGUGACCUCACCUGGACGCUCUCUAAGAUGAACUCAUGUUGUCUGGCUGGCUUUAGACGGGUAGAUCACCAUGGUAACUGGGAUACCUGAUGCUGCAGGUGACCUUCAGGUGAUCAGAUGAGUCACCUCACACACGGUUUCAUUCUCAGAAUGGCAGCUGUCUGUUAAACAGCUGGUUUUAGCUGCGUUUGGAUCACAUACUUUUUAUUCUUAGCUUUAGAAUCUACUGCAGCUGCCCUCACAGUAUUUACUGUUUCAUGCAGCCAGGCUACAAAUGGACACACGGAUUCUUCAUCAUAAUGGACCUUAACCUCUGAACGUCUGCAGUGUGAAAUGAGCUUCACCUAUUUCUACAAACUCUAACGUCCUACCGGAGGCAGUAGACCAUGCAGGUGUAUUUAUACCACAUUUGGCCACGUAUCUGGAUGAACCGAAUCUGUUUUUGCAGUACGAUAUAGUUUUCCAGGAUGGAUGUUGGAAUGCAUCCUUUGUUUUUGCUUCUGUCUUCUUCUACUCUGUUUAUUAACGUAUGCUACAGCGCCACCUUCUGACAGCACUCCACAGCCGGGAUUAUUCACUCCAAAGCACUUAAUAGAACAAGAAUAAUUCACAAUUUCCUGUUUCUAAAGUUGGCUUCAGAUUCAGUUUACAGUUCCAUCAGUGUCACUGUCACAGGCCAAUUUUCAGCUGAUUAUUCUGAACGUGAGUCAUUUUAAACUGACCAUGAAAUAUGAAAUACACAUGAAAGGAUGAGUUUAAUACUUUAACCCAGUUUCUGAUUUAUCUGUGGAAACUGUCAGGAGUAACCUGAAUCAUGAAUAACCUGCAUCAGACAGAGCAUGCUCAGUAGCAGCUCAGACUGCUGACUGUUCUCUUCCUAAUGUCGGACUGUCUGCAGGAGUAGUCAGAUUCAGGACUCCGCUGUUCUAAAAACUCUGCUCUUAUUAACAACAUGAACAAGGAGAGCCGAGUCAGAACCAGCUAUGGUUCCAGUUUAUUACCAGGAUGGUGAAGUUUAGCAUCAGAGCUGCAGAUCCAACUGUAAAUAGAAUCUUUUUUCUAAUAAAACGAAUACACUGAGCACCA